CACAGAGGUCUUCAUUCACUUCCUCCAGCUCCAGAGUGUUUGGUUGUCGUCGGUGACGCUGUUGCUAGGCACCGUAGAUGGCUGAACACAUUCAGCUCUCCAUAGCGCUGUGCAGGAUUGCUGUUUACACGUGUUUCCGAAGGCUGUGCUGUAAGGGUCCCCCCUCUCCUCGACCUGAGUAUGAUGUGGUGUGUAUUGGACUCAGUGGUGCUGGCAAAACCAGUCUCAUUUCACGGCUCUGCAGCGAAGGUCUUGAUGGAAUUGUACCUACUGCAGGUUUCAGCAUCAAGGCAGUGGCUUUGCCGAAUGCAGUGCUUCAUAUAAAGGAACUUGGAGGGGCAGAUAACAUCAAGAAAUACUGGAGCCGCUACUACCAAGGUUCCCAAGGGGUGAUAUUUGUUCUUGACAGCACUGUUUCUGAUGAGGAGAUGAAGGCUUGCCGAUCUGAGCUCCAUUUGGCCCUGCAGCACCCUCAGCUCUGCACACUCCCCUUCCUCAUCCUUGCCAACCACCAAGAUUCACCAGCUGCCCGUUCUGUCCCAGAGGUCGCUGGCUUCCACAUGUACACACACUCUGAAGUGUUUGGACUGAGCAAUGGGAACUGUGCAUUUCUCAGGCUGUGGUGUGUUGUUGCCACGCAAUAAGAGCUGAUGUUGACAGUGUAAGAGGCACCCCCCCACCCCCAUCAGUCCUUUCCAGAGCGAGAGCUGAUUGCGUAAACACAGAAUGACGUGGGCUGUCUGAGUAAUGGUCUGUGUAUACGCCGAGGAAACCUUAGGAAGAGGUGGAUCGCUUAAGGCAGAGAGAACUCCAAGUAACAAUUGAGGAUGGAUGUGAUGGUCUGAGUCUGGGCUCUUCUAACAUCAGUAAACAUCCAACUGUUAACCAUUUAGGAUUUUGAAAUAGCUACAGCUCUUCAUAAAACUAAUAAGCUCUAGUAGUUGCUAAGGUAAUACGACAUCCAUUUAUUUAUUGAUACCAUCUAUGUAUAAGCUGCAUGCUGCAUGCAUGUGCUGGUAACUCACUAAUAAUCACAACUACUACCACCACUUCCACUACUUAUACUACUGUUAUUACUACUACUGCUAAUAAUGCUAUAUAGUGCAAGUCACAAAGGAUUACAAAAAUCACAUUUAAACAUCAGCGCUCUAUAUGCAAAUGUUCUUUCUAAAAUAACAGCUUAGUAAUGGAUGCACAUUUACAAACCUCAAAGCAGAAACAAAAGAGGAUCAUAAAAGAAUGACUGUUUAUAGCUCCUAUAAUGCAUGUGAUAGCGUAACUGGCAAGCUGACAUUAUGUUCGCUCUAAGGCCAAUGUCUUUGCUGUGGAUGUGGACUGCAAUAAAGGCAGAUUCUAACCCUAACCAGAACCAGAACCAGAACCAGAACUCUCCCAACUGCCUAGAACUUUUAUUUAUAUGUUAUAUCUUUGUAACUCUCCGACAGCUUGUUAUGCAGUGUAUAUUUGUCACAACAAAAACCCAAAUAGAAUGUUUACAUCCUUUAUUUAUGUUGAGCAGUAUAAUGGGAACAGAGUGUGAGCCAACAACAUGGCAGACCAAUCUCACGAUACAAUGCAUCAUUACAGUGAUGGCGAAAUGAAUGAUCUUGUGUAUAUGAACUAUGGAAAAAACCUUUACUGUAGCAAUUCAAAAUUUAGAUCUUUUAAAAUGGGAUAUAUCAAAUAUCAUUAAUUGUUGCUAUAGCGUUUAUUAAGAGUUAAUGGUUGAGCUUCUAGUAGGGAGCAAUGUUUGAUUUUUCCACAGUACUUAUCCUCCUUUAAUGUGUUUCAUGCUAAGUUAAAACUAUGUUCCUCACAAUCUUCUCGUGAUAAAAUGUGACCUGUGGAUUGAAAAACUUACUGCUUUUCAGUCUGCAGAAUAGGUCUCUUAUUGUUGGGCUCAACAUAAUAUUAUGAAAUGUGGCUUUUCAUCAUUGAGUCGACUCACAGAGUUCACACAAAACAUUUUCCACCAACCUUGUGCCUGACCACUUUUAUGCCACAAACAGGAGCUGUCAUCCCAGGGUGCCAUACAGGAAGCCGGAGCUGACGUUCACUGGUGAUACCGGUUAUGUCACUGGCUAACAAACAUGAGUCACUGGAAAGAGAGUGAGAAAAGUGAUAUCAGCUAUUGUGGCUACAUUUGAAAGUCACACCAAACCUCCUCAAUUGUGGUUUUGAUCAGAGGCUUUAUGUAAAAAAUAUUUAGCUUGCUGAGAUUUUGCUAUUUUCACUUCGUUAUAGAUAUCUUAUUCAGGUUGUACUGGUAAUGUGUUCUAAACUGAUACAAAUACAGAUACAGGAAAAACACAGGGAAAAAAAGAUCCCAAAGCACAAUGAAAAAUCACAUCCAUUACUUACUUAAAAUUAAGUCUUUAUACAACACAUUCAUUCAUUUUUUUCUUCAUUCACUUUUUUUCUUCAUUCAUUCUUUCUUCAUGGAUUCUUAGUAACUACCUGGUCAGGUCUUUGUGGUUUAAAUUAGGUUAGUAGUUUUUUAAAAUUUUGGGAAAUAGAUUUAACUAAAUUCAUAGGAAAUAUUAACACAGUAUGAACUCAAGUACAUCAUUAAUUCUCAUCACUGGUGUGAUAUAACUGAUGUUAAGGAACGAUCAGAAACAGAAUUCUAACACCAUGAUGACAUUUCCAGCUCUUGGUGGUUUCCAGUGUUUCCAGAGGCAUAAAGGUAGCGCUCAUAUUUAAUAAAAAUUAUAAAUAAUAAUCUUCUAGGAUAUAUCAUGGUUAAGUUCAGGCUUAAAUCCAAAUACAUUUAACAGAUACAGAUGCAGUCACAUUGCUUUACACCACUAAUAUGGAGGUAAUAUACUGCAGUUGUGUUUCAGACAAACCUCUUGUGGCAUUUUACUCAAGCUAAACAGUUUUCCCUAUUUCAGUCUCAGAGACAAUUCAAAUUCCUUCAGCCAUUAUCCUUUCACAGAUACACUUGAUUAUUAUUUCACCAUGUUGAUCUUCACAGUCUGUAAGCCUAGAGCAUUGUGUAUCAGCCACAUGAUAAUUCUGACAAAUAUAUUUUCUUUAGGAUUAUCAGGUCUGGACUGUUGAAAGCCAUCCUGAUUAGGAUAUGCUUUUUUGCUUUGAUAUUUUAGUGAAGGAAGUAGCAGUGUGACUGACCGCACUUAUCUGUUUGCAAACAUUAAAAUACUAUGACGUUGACUAAGUCAGAGGUUGUUUUUGCUUCCAGUGCCAAAUUAGUUCCCAUUCUAUGUCAGCCUACGGCAAGGGGUGAACCGACCUUCCUGUUAACUGACCUUCUUAGCUUAAUCCUAUGGAUGAACUGUGUGUGUCUGAGUCUUCCAGGUGAAUAGUCACAGCUUUCAGUUUUUUAGCCUCUUGUUAGUGUUCUUAUUGGUAAUGGAGUAAGAAGGGCAAGUCUGAGGUCAGAUCAUCAAAGUUGAAGGGGGGUGAAUUGAUAAACUUGAGUCAAUUCAGGCAGACAGGAUUUCUAUCUGCUUUUGUUCUCAUGUCCACCUCUUUCAGGCUUUCAUACCCAUCAAUUCUCUUUUAUAUAACCAGUUUUCAAGUGAUUGGCAUUCCUAGCAGCUGUUUGUGGAGUUUGUCAAGUUUUAUUAACAGUUACAUGCAGCGGUGGACAAAGUACACAAAUCAUGUACUUGAGUCAAAGUAGAGAUACAGUGGCUAAAAUAUUCCUCCACUAAAAUUAAAA